AUACUGCUUUAUAUACUUUCGUUAUCGCACAAAAUGUUUUGAUGUUGAUAAACAAAUACAAAUACGUUGUGAAAACGUGCUCGCUACAUUCUUAUAUAAUAUAGUAUACUUAUCAGCACCUACGCAAAGUUUCUAGGGUUUAAAUAGAAGUGCGUAAAGCAAUAAACUUUAGUAAACUCUAGAAUAUGGAAUUGAAUGAAAACAAAGUGUUCGUACUCGAUGGUGGUUUCUCGUCGCAGAUUUCAUGUCAUGUCGGCACCAAUGCAGAUGGCGAUCCACUGUGGAGUGCGAGAUUUUUGAAAACCAACCCUGAAGACGUGUACCGUACACACUUGGAUUAUCUUCGCGCUGGAGCUGACGUUAUAUCCACCAACACUUACCAAGCUUCUGUCGGAGGUUUUGUUGAACACCUUGGCGUAGCUACAGAGGAGGCGACGGAACUGAUCAGAUUAGCUGUAGAAUUAGCGAGGCGCGCUUGUGACACCUACUUGGAGCAGAAUAGUCAACCAUUGUUAAACCCAACUCCACUCGUAGCCGGUUCAGUAGGGCCCUAUGGUGCUCAUUUAAAUGACGGGUCUGAAUAUCGUGGCAAUUAUGCAGAUAAAGUAUCUAGUGAGACAAUGCGAGAAUGGCAUAUCCCUCGCAUAAAUACUUUGUUAGAAGCAGGGGUGGAUUUACUAGCUUUAGAGACAAUACCAUGUCUUAAAGAGGCCCAAGUUCUUGUUGAGCUAUUGAAAGAAUAUCCCAAAGCCAAAGCCUGGCUUUCUUUUAGUUGUAAAGAUGAUAAGAAACUUGCUCACGGGGAGGACUUUCAAACAGCUGCUGUGCAAUGCUGGCAGGCAAACCCAACUCAACUAAUAGCUGUAGGAGUUAACUGCUGCCCCCCUAAUAUUGUCUCUAACCUUGUGAAGGGCAUCAAUGAAGGCAGAAAACAACCCAUUCCCUUUGUGACAUAUCCUAAUUCGGGAGAGAGAUAUAUCCCAGAUAUGGGAUGGACAGACAAAGAUAAAAGUGAAUCCAUUGAUAAAUUUGUACAUGAAUGGCUAAAGCUUGGUGUUAGAUACAUCGGGGGAUGUUGUAGAACAUACCAAAAUGAUAUUUCUCAGAUAAGAAAAUUAAAAAUAUUUGGAAUAUCAUUGAGAAAGAAAGAAAAAGCUGAUGAAGUUAAAAUGCUUACAAAUGAAAAUGCACAAUUAAAAAAUAUUAAUCUUGAAUUAACUUCAGAAACGAUGAGAAUGAAAAAGAGGAUUUGUGAGUUGCAACAAGAAAAAUUCUCCGACUACUUGACGUUAAUGAGAGAGCGAGACGGUCGCUACACCCUGUACCAUCAGAAGCUGCAGCUGGAAGAGCGGGUGAAGCAGUUGACGCGCAACGUCGCCGGGGCGCGCCACGAGGACCCCCUGGUGCUGCGGGUCGCGCUCGACCGCUGCAGGGAACAGCUGACGACGGCGCAGCGCGAGCUGGCGCGGCUGGCGGACGAGUGCGCUGACACCGUGCCGCGCCGCGACUACGAUACGCUUGAGGCCCGCGAGCGAGACCUUCGCAGGGACUUUCAACAGAAGGCAAAGGAGUACCGCGCCCUCGAGAACUGCUACAAUCGCUCACAAGCUCAAAAGAGCAGUCUGCAGGAAGAGCUGGAAGAAGUCAAAGAGCGUUGUCGCGAGCUGGAGCGGGCGGGCACGCCUCGGCCCCAGUGGGAACUGUGCGCAGAUUUCAUUGGCGGCGGUCGGGAGAGGUGGCGGCAGCUGACGCGGGGCCUCUCCUCGCGAGACGUCCUCGUGGUGCUGCUGCGCGAGUUGGGGCCCGCUACGGACACCGACCACUUGGAGUAUUUCGAUGGACUGGGCACGGACCCGGCGGUGCCGCCCUACUUGCGGUACUCGGGGCGCGUGCGCAACCUGCGGCUGUCGCGGCGCGAGCUGAGCGUCGUCAUCAGCGACGUGUGGCGCAGCAAGGCGCAGCGGGCUCGCCACACGCCCCUGCAGGACUACCUCGCGCACUACUUCGAGGAGAGGUACCAGCAGGCGGCGGUGCGCGCCGAGUGGGCGUACAACGUGUGCGCGGCGGCGGAGCAGGCGCUGGACGAGCCGCAGGUGCGCGUCUUCUGGGGCGUGCUGCGCGGCCGCCUCUCCGAGGACCUCUACUGGGCGCACCGCGACCAGUGUCAGACUCUCAAAGACGCCCUGUACCGUCGCUCCGGCGACGGCGAGACAAUUACAUUAGAAGAGUUCGAGAAGGUGGCGAAAGUGACGUUCCCUCUGAAGAGCGAAGUCGACAUAAAGAAUUUGUCGGACGUCGUGCGAAAGCAGCUCAAGAUGAAGAUCAAUCAGAACAUUAUUAAUUUGGAUAAAUUAUUUUUCGAGAACGAGGAAGGCUUCGAUCGGUUGGAGUUCGCCCGCGAGCUGUUCCGGCAGCGGCAGCAGGCGCAGGAGAAGUACGUGCGCGAGCUGGCGGGGGAGCUGGUGGGGGAGGUGGGGGCGCGGGCGGGCCGGCGCUCCGCCGACCACAUGGUCAGCGUCGACAGCCUCAAGCGCGCCUUCGCCCUCCUCGACCCCGCCAUAGAUCACGUCCGCAUGGAGCGCAACAUUCGCUGGGCGUUCUCGGACCAGACGUCGGCGUUGGACAGUGUGGCGCCGCGGCCGCUGCGCGCACUGCUCGCGCGGCUCGCCACAGGACACAUAGAGCGCGUCGGACCUCGCACUCGUCCUCGACACAAGGCCGCGCCCGCACUGCGAAGGACCUUUUAUAAAUAGACUAACGAU